UUGGGCGCUUCAUGACCGUCGUCUUUUCGAUUCCUCCUUUCACCUCUGUGACAAUUUCAGAGAUGUCUUCCAGAAGUCCCAAAGAUUUAAUUAAAAGUAAAUGGGGAUCAAAGCCUAGUAACUCCAAAUCUGAAACUGCAUUAGGGAAAUUUAAGGGAGAAAAUGCAGCCUUAAAAACAUCAGUGGAUGAAAUCACAAGUGGAAAAGGAAAGCUGACUGAUAAAGACAAACACAGACUCAUAGAGAGAAUUCGAGUCCUUGAAGCUGAGAGGGAGAAGAAUGCUUAUCACCUCACAGAGAAGGACAAAGAAAUACAACGACUUAGAGAACAGCUGAAGGCCAGAUAUAGUACUAAUGCAUUGCUUGAACAGCUAGAAGAGAAAACAAAGGAAAGUGAAAAGAGGGCACAGCUGUUUAAAUCCUUAUCUGAAGAGACGGAUGCACUGAAAAAACAGUGGUACACUGCGACUGCACGAGUUGCUGAACUUGAAAGCAAAAUCAGUACACUUGGUUUAUCACAGACUGUGGCUGCAAACUGCUGCAACUCAUCAACAAAUAUUCAUGAGAUGGAAAUACAGCUGAAAGAUGCUCUGGAGAAAAAUCAGCAGUGGCUGGUAUAUGAUCAGCAGCGAGAGGUCUACGUAAAAGGACUUUUAGCAAAGAUCUCUGAGUUGGAACAGCAAUCGGAAACAGCUGCUCAUUCACUCCUGGAGCAGACAAAAAAGACUGAAUCAGAAGGUUAUCUUCAAGAAGAAAAGCAAAAAUAUUACAAUGAUCUCUUGGCAAAUGCAAAAAAAGAUCUUGAGGUUGAACAAAAAACCGUAACUCAGUUGAGUUUUGAACUUAGUGAAUUUAGAAGAAAAUAUGAAGAAACCCAAAAAGAAGUUCAAGAUUUAAAUCAACUGUUGUGUUCACAAAGAAAGACAGAUGUACAACAUCUGGAAGAUGAGAGGCAUAAAACAGAAAAAAUACAAAGGCUCAAGGAAGAGAAUGAUAUUGCUAGGGAAAAACUUGAAGAAGAGAAGAAGAUAUCUGAAGAGCUCCUAUCUCAGGUCCAGUUUCUUUACACAUCUCUGUUAAAGCAACAAGAGGAACAAACAAGGGUAGCUCUGUUGGAACAACAGAUACAAGCAUGCACUUUAGACUUUGAAAAUGAAAAACUUGACCGUCAAAAUAUGCAGCAUCAAUUGCAUAUAAUUCUCAAGGAGCUCCGAAAAGCACGAAGUCAAAUAACACAGUUGGAAUCUUUGAAGCAGCUUCAUGAAUUGGCCUUCACAGAGCCAUUAGUCACUUUCCAAGGAGAGACUGAAAACAAAGUAAAAGUUGCCUCACCGAAGAGCCCGGCUGCACUAAAUGAAAGCCUGGUGGAAUGUCCCAAGUGCAAUAUACAGUACCCAGCCACUGAACAUCGAGAUCUGCUUGUUCAUGUUGAAUACUGUUCCAAGUAGCAAAAAAAAUUAUUCUGUGUUUUUGUGUCAAAAGAUUUAAUACUGUAUCUUUAUGUUAGCUUAUGGAUGUUUAUGAAUUAUGCAUUUCACCUCUUGUGUAACAAACUGCCUAUCCUUCUUUGAGAUGCUGGCAGAUGAGUGAGUCGUAUUUCUUGGCUGCUUUGUAUUUUCCUUGGCAGUGAUGCAUGCCUCCCUGAGACGGUUCAUCAUCAGGCUUUAAUGAAACUGACAGAAUGUGAUGAGCAUUGUAUACUAAGACUACUAACAUUUUACACUGUCAAGUACUUGAUGGAGAAAAGAUGGUUCUGGUUAUUGCUUGUGGGU